CAUCCCGGAUAACACCUCUUAUAAAAAGCUUUACCUAAAUCAGAUCCCGACUAAAAAAUAAAAUGGUAGCGGACUUUGCCACUUUCACACCCUCCACCACCACCAGGUAAUAAAAAGCAGAUAAAAACUUCCAUCUCUUUUCUCACACUCUUACCAAACGCAACUUCUUCUUCUCUCUCUCUCUCUAGAUUUCUCCUCCAUUGAUGCGAUUGAUGCGCUUACUCUUCCCUCCAAACCCAAUCAAAACCCCCCAAACCCUCUUCACCUCCCUCCGAUCCCUCUCCCUCUCCUCAAUGGCCAUACCCCCUCCCAAGUCCGCCAUCCCCUCCGCCGCCGCCGACAACGAGGCCGGCCUCGCCCGCCGCUUCUGGAUCAAGUUCCGCCGCGAAUCGAUUUUCGCUCUGUUCCAUCCCUUCUCGCUCUGCUUGGCCUCCGGCGACCUCAAGAUUGAGUCUUUCCGCAGCUACAUCGCCCAAGAUGCUCACUUUCUCAAGGCCUUUGCCCACGCUUUUCUCAGCAACCAAAUGGAGUUAAAGUAUUUUGGAUAUAUUUAUGUGCAUUAAAUGAGGUAUGAGUUGGCAGAAGAGUGCGCGGAUGACGAUGAUGCAAAGCUGGGAAUUUCUGAGUUAAGGAGUGCUGUUCUUCAGGAACUGAAAAUGCAUAAUUCAUUCGUGCAGGAAUGGGGUUUAGAUGCUAAGGACAUCUCUAUCAGCUCUGCAGCAGUAAAGUACACAGAAUUCUUAUUGGCAACAGCCUCUGGUAAAGUUGAAGGAGUAAAAGGCCCUGGUAAACUUGCAACUCCAUUUGAAAGAACCAAAGUUGCUGCUUACACCCUUGGUGCCAUGACUCCUUGCAUGAGAUUGUAUGCCUUUAUAGGUAAGGAGUUCAAGGCACUUCUAGAUCCCAAAGACGACACUCAUCCAUACAAGAAGUGGAUCGACAAUUAUUCUUCCGAAAGUUUUCAGGCAUCAGCUGUGCAAACUGAAGAGUUGCUGGAUAAGCUAAGUGUCUCUUUGACUGGUGAGGAGCUUGACAUCAUUGAAAAGCUUUAUCAUCAAGCCAUGAAACUUGAGAUAGAGUUCUUUUCAGCCCAGUCACUUCUUCAACCAACUGUAGUUCCUCUUAUCAAAGAGCAUGACUCUGCAAAAGAUCGCCUCAUGAUAUUUUCAGAUUUUGAUUUGACUUGUACUGUUGUUGAUUCAUCUGCCAUUUUGGCUGAAAUUGCAAUAGUAACUGCCCCAAAACCAGAUCAAAAUCAAUCUGAAGAUCAGAUUAUGCGGAUGUCGUCGGCUGAUCUCAGAAAUACAUGGGGCCUUCUUUCCAAGCAGUACACAGAAGAGUACGAGCAAUGCAUAGAAAGCAUUAUUCCUACUAAAAGAGUUUUCCCUUUUUAUUGGUUUGUAGCGGAGUUUGUCUAUAACAAUCUGCAUAAAGCGCUCGAGCAACUUUCAGAGUUCGAGAAAAAGGCAAACAAUAGAGUGAUAGAGUCAGGGGUUCUGAAGGGUCUUAAUAUUGAAGAUAUAAAAAGAGCUGGUGAACGUCUCAUUCUUCAAGAUGGUUGUAUUGAUUUCUUCAAGAAAAUUAUCAAAAGUGAUAACUUGAAUGCAAAUGUUCAUGUUCUUUCGUAUUGUUGGUGUGGUGAUCUUAUUAGGUCAGCUUUUUCAUCAGGGGGUUUACAUGAACCAAAUGUUCAUGCAAAUGAGUUCACAUUUGAAGAAUCUAUUUCCACUGGUAAAAUUGUUAAGAAGGUGGAGUCUCCUAUUGACAAGGUUCAAGCUUUCAGAGAUAUUAUAAAAAGUUGUCAAAGUGACAGGAAGAACUUGACUAUUUACAUUGGAGACUCGGUGGGUGACUUACUAUGCCUCCUGGAGGCAGAUAUAGGAAUUGUCAUAGGGUCAAGCUCAAGCCUGAGGAGAGUGGGAACUCAAUUCGGUGUUUCUUUUGUUCCACUGUUUCCUGGUUUAGUUAAGAAACAAAAAGAAUGCGUUGAAGGAAGGUCUUCUAAUUGGAAAGGGUUAACUGGCAUUCUUUAUACAGCAUCUAGUUGGGCUGAAAUUCAUGCCUUCAUUUUGGGGUAUUAAUCUCUUUUCUUGUUUUAAUGCAUGCGAGCUUCUGCUUGAACAAAGGAAUCAUUCAUAUACAGUGGAACGAAAAGAUAAAGUUUGGUAUCGUAUAAAAAAAAAAAACAAAGAUGAAGUUGGUGGCUGAUUUUAUAAGGGUCACAGAUUUGCAGCUGUCUUGCUCUUUUUCUUCUUCCUUUCCUUUUUUCAUAAACAGGGUUUUCUCAAUCGGAAAUGUGAUGUUGGCCGAUUAGGAUGCUGUAAACAGGUAUCAAGAGCUAGAGGCAGCAACGAUUCAAGGCAGAGAUUGUUAUAUCCAUUUGUCCAUAUAAACAUUUCAAGAUCUGUAUCUGUAUUAUGAUAGUUGAUUGCUAUUCGAUUAUUUGAGAUGAAUGGCAGUUUCGGAUAGUGUAUUUUUGGUGAUACUAAUACCCCCUAUUAUAAAUGCAGAUUCAAAGUUUAUGUUC